CAUGUAAUUUGGAAAAAGAGGCUUCCAAACCAUUACGAGAAUGGAGCCAGUGUAUAGGAUGGAGCAAGAUGAUGCAAAGGAAACUUCCAGAUGACUCAUGAGCUGGUAAAAGAUUUAAGAUGCAUGUGCAACAGGAUCUGUUUUACUUGAGUGUGUUUGGCUAACUUCAUUCCGCUGGAUUUCUACAUCUUGGGUGAUGAAGCAGAUUUCAGUCAAUUCUAAGACUUCAACUCAUGCGUUGCGCGAUGGAGCCUUUCGGACUUACAAGUAUUCUCCUGCUCUUUGGGACCUGCCUUCUUUUCAUGGCAAUCCAGAGAAAGACUUCUGAAAGGAGGAGGAGGAUGCCUCCUGGCCCUUUCCCUCUCCCGUUAAUAGGAAACUUUCUGCAACUGGAUACCAGGAAUUUCCCCAGAUCCAUGGAGAAGCUGAGUCAGAAAUAUGGACCGGUAUUCACUAUCUACUUGGGCUCUACACCAGCUGUGGUGCUUUAUGGACAUGACGUUGCGAUGGAGGCCUUGGUUACACAAGGAGAUGAGUUUACUGACAGAGGAGCAUCUCCCAUCCUUAUGAAAACCACCAAUGGAACAGGAAUUGGCUUCAGCAAUGGAGAAACAUGGAAACAAAUCCGUCAUUUUGCUGAGGCCACACUGGACAUGUUGGGCAUGGGCCAGAAUAUUGAGAAGAAAAUCCAGAAAGAAGCUGGUUUCUUAGUGGAGAGACUGAAGAGCACAAACGGAAGGACAUUUGAUCCCACCAGUUUCCUCAGCCAGACAACAACCAACAUCUUAUGCUCAAUUUCCUUUGGGAAACGCUUUAAUUAUGAGGACAAAAAUUUCCUGAGAUUCCUUCACUUGUUGGAUGAAAAUGCCAGCCUUCAAUCUAGCACAAUGACAAAGCUGUACAAUAUUUUUCCAACAAUCUUGGAUUAUCUGCCCGGAUCUCAUCAGAAGAUAUUUAAAAAUACAGAGGAGUUAAAACAGUUUGUGUCAAGGCAGGUGGAUGUGCACCAGAAGACCCUGCAGCCUGAGCAUCCAAGAGAUUUUAUUGAUGCCUUUCUUAUCAAAAUGGAGCAGGAGAGACAGAAUAGCCAUUCUGCCUUUGAUCAUCCCAGUUUGGUGAGAAGCACCUUAGACCUUUUCACUGGAGGAGCACAAUCAACCAGCCUUGUCCUAAAGUAUGGACUUCUGGUUCUCAUGAAGUACCCCAAAGUACACGAGAAAAUUCUUCAAGAAAUUGAUUCCGUGAUUGGCCCAUCCCAAACACCCUGCAUGGCAGAUCUUGAUAAGAUGCCCUACACUGAUGCUGUAAUCCAUGAAAUUCAUCGGUGCCUAGCUCUUGUGCCACUGAAUGUGCCACGUGCUGUGAUCAAGGAUACUUUCUUCAGGCAGUAUUUCAUUCCCAAGGGAACUACUGUAUUUCCGGCUCUGAAGUCCUCUUUGUAUGACAGUAGAGAAUUCCCUAACCCACAACAAUUUGAUGUUGGUCACUUCUUGGACAAAAAGGGAGCUCUGAGAAAGAGUGAAUUCUUCAUCCCUUUUUCGACAGGCAAGCGGGGUUGUCUCGGUAAGAAAUUAACAGACAUCAUGAUAUUUAUCCUCCUGACAACUAUUUUGCAGCAUUUUACUCUGAAGCCAUUGGGGGAUCCUGGUGACCUUGAUACAUCACUAACAACUGGAUUUCUGACAGUUGCUCCUAAAUCCUACCAACUCAGUGUUGCCCCUCGUUAAACAAAAUCACUCAACCAACCAUAUGGCUCCAAAUACUGCAACUGUUUUCACGUCAGACCAUGAAGUUCCUGAUCCAGUAUCUGACAUAAAGUGCUUGACAGAAAAGCAAUUUCUUUGAAUGCUCCUGUAUUUUUGUCAUUUUUUUUAGUUGCCUCUUAAAGUGCACGGUAUUCAAAAAA